GGCCCAUUCUUUCAUUCGUCUGGAGCACAAAGUGAGGUGUUUGUGGCAGCUUUGUGCGGUUUAUUUUCAUGUGUUUUGGUUAAUAUUAGGUGGCUUAAAUGUUAGCUGGGCGGUUCUGUAGAACUCUUUAAGCCAAUAUAUGCUUUUCUGGACCUUUAGCUUUAUAUAUAAGCGCAUUCUUGGUCGGUUUUUUUUUUAAACGUCGUGCUGUUAGCUGAGAUUUUUAGCAUUUCCAGCUGAGUAGCGGUUCGUAUCGUCCAGUCAAAACUUCAGGAUAUUUUAUUUCACCAUGGCGACCGCUACUUCUACCCCGGCCGGCCACAGAAUAAGCACCCGGGCGAGCAGCGGAGGAGGAGGCACUCCUUUGAGCCCCACGAGGAUCACCAGGCUGCAGGAGAAAGAGGAGCUGAGCCACCUCAACGACCGCCUGGCCACUUACAUCGACAAAGUCCGGAGUCUGGAGUCUGAGAACAGCGUUCUUCACCUGCAGAUUUCUGAGAAGGAAGAGGUGAGGAGCCGGGAGCUGACCGGCCUCAAGUCCCUCUAUGAGACCGAGCUGGCGGACGCGCGGCGCUCUCUGGACGACACGGCGAAAGAGCGGGCCAGGCUGCAGAUCGAGCUGGGAAAACUCCGAACCGAGCACGAACAACUCGUGCAGAACUAUGCUAAAAAGGACGCUGACCUGGCUGGCUGUCAGGCCCGACUGAAGGAUGUGGAGGCGUUAUUGAACACUAAGGAAGCCAGUCUGGCCACGGCCUACUCUGAGAAGAAAAAUCUGGAGGCCAUGCUAGCAGAUCUGCAAGCCCAGUUCCAGGAGCUGGAGGCAGGACUGGUUUCAGCUAGGAAGCAGCUGGGAGAUGAGACUCUGCUGAGGGUGGAUGUUGAGAAUCGCUGCCAGAGCCUGGUGGAGGAGCUGGAGUUCCGCAAAAACAUGUUCGAGGAGGAAAUUAAGGACACCCGGCGCAGGCACGAGACCCGUCUGGUGGAAGUGGAUUCUGGUCGCCAGAUGGAAUACGAGUUCAAGCUGGCCCAGGCCCUGACAGACAUGAGGCAGCAGCAUGAUGAUCAAGUCAAACUCUACAAGGAAGAGAUGGAGCAGACCUACCUGGCCAAGCUUGAGAACAUACGCCUGUCUUCAGAGAUGAACAGCAGUUCAGCAAACUUGGCACGUGAAGAGCUGAAGGAGUCUGCUUUGAGGGUUGAGAGUCUGGCAGCUCAACUGGCCAGCUUGCAGAAGGAGACUCGAGGCUGGCAGGAUCGAAUCAGUGAAUUGGAGGCCGCUCUUGCUCAAGAGAGGGAUCUGAGCCGCAGGAUGCUGGCCGAUAAAGAGCGCGAGAUUGCUGACAUCCGAGCAAAGAUGCAGCAGCAGCUGGAUGAGUACGAACAGCUGCUGGAUGUCAAACUGGCCCUCGACAUGGAAAUCAACGCCUAUAGGAAGUUGCUAGAGGGCGAGGAGGAGAGAUUAAAGCUUUCUCCCAGCCCGUCGUCUCGUGUGACCGUGUCUCGAGCCUCGUCCAGCCGCAGCGUUCGCACUACACGUGGGAAGAGGAAGCGUGUGGAUGUGGAGGAGUCGGAGGCCAGCAGCAGUGUCAGCAUCGCCCACUCAGCCUCUGCCACUGGCAACGUUUGCAUCGAUGAACUCGACGUUGAUGGCAAGUUCAUCCGGCUGCAUAACAACUCCGAUCAGGACCAGGCGAUGGUCGGGUUUGAGCUGACCAGAAUUAUUGGAGAAACUUCUGCUACCUACAAGUUUACUCCUAAAUAUGUCCUAAAGGCUGGACAGAAAGUCACUAUCUGGGCAUCGAAUGCAGGUGUGAGCUCCAGCCCUCCCACUGACCUUAUCUGGAAGAACCAGAGCUCUUGGGGCACUGGUGAGGACAUCAAGGUAGUCCUGACCAACCCAGAGGGGGAGGAAGUGGCUGUAAGGAGUACGGUGUUUAAGACUGCCACAGUGGAAGAGGAUGAUGAGGGAGUGGAGGCCAUUGAGGAAGAACUCUUCCUCCAGCAGGGAGAACCGCCAAGAGGGGGCGUUAAGAGGGGCUGCUCAAUCAUGUGAGUGCAGUAACACUACACACCACCUAACUCUUCCACUACAGCCAGGUUCAGCUGCCAACUCUCCAACCACCUCAGAACUAUUUUUGUAUCACUUGUGUAUAAUAAACGAAGUGAGUUUUUUUUUUUUUCUUUCUUUCUUUUAGUUUUUAAUGGAUUGUAAACCUUUUUUUUUUUUUUUUAAUUUUGUAUGUGUGAUUCAUAAAAUGCUUCACAACUUUAUGAACCAAAAUGUAGUGGUCUGCAGAGGACUGUAGUGAAACUGAGAGCUUGGUGACAAGUAGGCAGCUUUUGCAAAAUUACCAAGUCCUCCAGGUGCUGUGAUUUUUACCUUAUUUGUGUAUCUUCAGUUUUUAAAAAAAGAAAAUAUAGCAUUUUAAUGGUCUCUUUAUAGAAAAGUUAUAAUUUUAUACUAGUUUUGUAGUUUUUAGCCAGACAGUCUGUUGUAUAUUGGAAUGUAGACCAAAUUCACACGUGGAAGGUAAAAAGACUGCCGUUUCAAACACCCAUUUUGAAGAGACGAUUGAAGUUGUUGGAUGUGUUCAUAUUGUUGAUGUGAACUUGGACUGUUUGAACUGCAAAGCACCACAAGGUGGCAGUCUUGUCAUAUUUGUUCCAUUGGAUUCUUUUAUUUUUGAAUAUUGGUUCAUCAAUAUAUGCAGUGCCAGUUUUUCUACUCUUAAAGUGCCAGCAUGCUGACAUACACUGAAGAAAAUCUCCCUGUCCAAAUAUGACAAGUUUGAGAAGAAACAUAGCGGCUACCGAUGUUCUUGAGCUACUGUACUUUGCCAGCAGUUUAUGUAAGCAGUCUCUAAAUUGGUUAUAAUAACAUCUGUUUCUUUAUGGUGGGACACUAAAGCAGUAAUAGUCAUUUAUCUCAUUACCUCUUAAGAGUUAGCCUUGGGUGGACUUGCUCGUUUCUUUAUGCCAGCUUGUCCCUCUUAUCGAUCUUUGACUAGUCUUAUGCCUAUACUUUUGACUUUCAUCUUAACCUUGAGUAGAAUUGUGGGUUGUCCUUUCAUGUCACUUGCAUGCUUUUGCUCUAACCUUUACAGUUUGUAAGGCAAAAUAAAAUUGUUUUUUCUA